AUGAAAAAGAAUAGAGUAAGAAUCCCUAAAUCAUGUUCAGUCUGUCGAGUGAAAAAGAUCAAAUGUGAUAGGAAGACACCUUUUUGUGGGAGCUGUUCCGAGAAUAAUACAGGUCAUUUAUGUAAGUACGAUCAAACGGCAUGGUUGAUGGAAGGUCCCGCUGAUAGCUCUUCUACAACGAGCUUACAAAAAGAGAUAUUUAAAUUGAGGUCAAGGAUAACAACACUUGAAGCGAGAAUAGAGAAACAACUGAUUGGUUUGGGCUCCCAGCUGCUGAGUUUCUCUACCAGUAGCUCGCCUUCAUUGCUCGAAAGCAACGAACAAGGCAGUAAAAAACAAACAGAAGAGCAUCUGAUAUUGCAUGCAGAUGAAAAAUCGGUUAAUAUGAGUGUUAAACACUUGAGAAUGUGUUAUUUUGGACCUACAUCGACUACGUUUCUUAUGAUAAACGAUAAAUACACACCCGAAUUGUUUUCAGAUUACAUGGCAGACCAAUUAAAGAAGUUCAAAUUGAAGAAUACGUUUCUUGAGUUCCAAGAUGAUCGAAUAUUCAAUGAAGAUUCCGUGCCUGACAGCUGCGUACAAACAGAAGCUGUGAUUGAGGAUUUUCCGGAGCUCCCGUCGCUCAAAAUUGUUAAUGCAUUAGUGCAAAGGUUUUUCAGGGUGUGUUACAAAUUUGCGCCGUUCUUUGAUGAGAAGAUAUUCAUGAAUGAAAUAUGCCUUAUCUUUAAGAACAAGCAACAUAUUUCACAAGAGGACAUAGUUUACAAGAGAAGCACAAUCUCCAUUCUUUUAACUAUGCUCAGGUUUGCCUACCUUACAUUACCAUUAAAAGGGCACCAUAUAAAUUCGUUGCUGAUAUCCGAUCGUGGCUUGGUACAAGAUAUAUUGAGAUGUAAUGUAGAUAUCUCGUCUUCUUAUGUUGAAUACUCGAAAAGGCUCAUGAUCAAUCCUGGUAGUCUCCAAAAAAUUGAUUUCAGGAAAAUCCAAGCAAUUUUAUUACUACGUGUGUACCACAUGCAAAGUCCCGAGAAUGACAAUCUAGCAGUAGACUUGAAUAUUUUAAUUUCUACGGCCGUGCAGAUGGCUAGAUUUCAUGGGCUUCAUAAAGACCCGACUAACCUUAAAUUGCUUGAUUUGGAUAACAACGAUAUCCAUUUAUGGAGAAAAAUUUGGUCCUUGUUAAUGUAUUUUGAUUCGCUACAAGCUUUUGAUUUAGGGGUGCCCAUGCUAAUACACGAGGACGAAGUUGGAACUCAUCCACCAUUCACUAAUUUGGAGUGUGAGCAACUCUGGUUGCCUAACGAAGAACUAAAACUAGAGAAAUUUUUUAGACUUAAUCACAUGGCCUCAAGAUUAAUCAGACGUGCAGUCCUCUUGACGCAAGCUAACCUGGGGGUAAAGAUAAUCGAAAUUGACAAAUUGAUCUCAGAGUUUGAAGACAUGCUCAAUAAUAAAAUGAGAGCAUUCGAUCAAUUAUAUUCAGCUAACAUGACCGAUACUGUACUCGAAUUUAUGCUCCGCAUGAUGUUGAUGAGAAAACUAUUCUCCUUAGCAUAUUUCUGUUUCAUUAGUUUAGGUGAUAACGGAAAAAAGUAUUUACGUAUUGUAAUCGAAACAGGGUUAAAUAUCAUCAGAGUAGGCUAUGAAUUUGCAAAAGGUCCUACUACUGUAACAUGUAUGGAGUUUGAGACAGUAGUUGCUCCUUUGAUAUGGAACCCUGUAAAGGUUGUGCUCUUACUUAUAAGUGGAGUUUUAAUCAGAAGCUUAAAAGGAGAAAUCUCAAUAACAGAAGCUGUUACGAAUUUCAAAUUAGGCGACUCCUCCAGUACUCUAGCAUGGAUUCAAGUAUACGGCGAAAAUGAAAAAGAUACUCUCCGUGGUCUAAUUCUGAAGUUUGAAGAAUAUCACUUAAUGAGCACUAAGCUCUCAGUACGCUAUUUUGAUUGCUACCAUAUAUGUAUUACAUUAAAGUACUUCAUGAAUUAUUUGCGUAAUAACAAUGCUGAAAUUUUGCAGCCUCAACCUGAAGCACUUAGAAACUCCUCCAUUUUAGAAAAUGAGUCAACAUUAAGAGCAGAUGUAAACUCUGCGGCCAUCAAUGACUUCUGGAAUAAAGAUACACAUUACGAAGCGACCUUUGACGAGUUUUUGUCGUUUCUCAAUUAUAACACUGAUCCCUUUUUGAAUGACCUUUAA